AUGUUUAAUUCACAAAGAAAUAAUAUAAAUGGUCAGUAUUUUUCUCAGUCGACAGAAUUACUUAAUCAUCCUAAUCAUAGAACAACAAUUAAUAAUACCGAAUCAACACCAUCAACAAGACAAAAUUCAACUUCUUCGACAAAUCAAAUCGCAAGACUUGUUAGAAGAUUAGUUAACGGAAAUUUAUCAAGAUCAAAUACUUCUAGUUCAAGAUCACAAACAACCAGAACACAAGUGCAAGAUGCAAGUACUUCAACUCCAACUUCAUCAACUCAUCCAACUGUUCCAAAUUCAACAAGUGCUUCUUUAACAGAAUCCACAAAUUCAGAAGCGUUUUUAUUUCAUAAUCCUUGGUCAAUUCCAGAAUUCACACCAUCAUAUGUUAUUCGACCAGCUUUUUCUCGAUCUUCACGUCCUUCACGGCCAACUCGACAUACUCAAUCAUCAACACCUCCAACAAAUGCAAUUCGUGAAUAUUAUAAUAUUAUUCCAUUUCAAAAUUCAUAUUCGAAUAAUAAUAAUAAUCCAUCAAGUAGACGUUUAUCGAACUCUUCAAUGGAACAACAAUCACCUGCUAUCAUCUCAAGUCAAACGGCAUCGCAUAAUUCAUAUAACAAUAACUUUCAUGAUCCAUUAAAUUAUCAUCAAUAUCUCAUACAAAAUCAUACUUCACGCGAAGCAUUUUGUUUAUUAUCAAAUCGUUCAUCUUAUUUAAAUGAAAAUGAAGUUUUUGAAGAUGAUAGUUUUUCCUCGGAAAGGAAUUCUAAUGAAAAUGAAUGUGAAAUACAACAAAAACAACAAAGUGAAGAAUGUUAUUUAUGUUUGGAACCUUUGGAAUUGAGAGGGGGUAGAAUGAUUAUAAAUCCCGGUUGUGGUCAUUUAAUACAUAUGAAAUGUUAUUUAGAAUAUACAAAGUAUUUCAAACAACAGUGUACGCUUUGUAAAAAAGAUUUUGGUAAUUGGGAUAAUUAA